CCUCUUUCUUCCCCCUUUCAGUUUCUCUCUCUACUAUCUUUUGCUCACGCCACACGCCCUUUCUCUGUUCUUUUUUUGAAGUUCCUUUUAGAGAGAGAAAACAUACACAGAGAAUGCACAAACACUGAAACUUUUCACUACUAAAAUUUGCCUCUCUCUUUCUGCUACUCUCUUCUACAGUUUUUUGAAGUAUCUUUUGACAGUUGUUAAUUUUGGGGUUCAUAAGAAAAAAGUUGAGUUGAGAUAUAGUUGUAACUGGAAAAACGGGAGGAGAAGGAAAAAGAGUGUAGUUGUGAAAAAAAUUGAGUUCCGAGUUUAAGAGAAUAUUGAAUUUAGAGUUGUUAUGGGGGAAUGGUUGAAUUUCGAAACGUAAUUUGGAAUUCCACCUACUUUUUUAUGUGAUGGUUACUGGUUGUGAUUUGGUUGGUCUGACGGGGAUAAAUCUGUCAUUAAAUCAUAAAUUUUCCUGUAGAUUCCAUCUUUUGUUAUGUUUGCGUCUUUACUUGGUUUCCUAGGUGGGGACUGUGAAAUUACUAAUGUGCCCCUUACCUUUCUUCUUGUUCCUCGGGUUAUGGGAUGUGUGUGAACUUAGCAACACAAUGAGUAUAUCCUGCUGUAUUGUGGUAUUGAGCUGAGAUUAUGGGGUGUAGAUCCUGUUUGGAGUUUGAAAGCAAGUUAAUUUACCAAGAAAAUUACUUCUUUUUUGUCUUGUGUUUUUGCCUGGCUCUGGGAUGAGGCCUUAUGCUACAUGGAGGAAAUCAUCUAAGGGUAUUGAGAGGUUAGAAUUAUAUCUUUGGUUGGGGGAAAGAGAAGAGUGGCCUUUGGAUAUGAACAUGAUAAAGAUUUCAUCUUUUCUUUUGUUUGAUAAUGAUUGCACUUUCCAUUGCCACAAUUUAUGUGGCCAAUCAAGAAGGAUUAAGUGGAACAGAAUUGACGGAUCUGGCUAACAUUGAACUUGGUAAACUGAUAUGGAUUUAUAAUUGGAGAAAAGAAUGUCAGAGGGUUGCUUUUCUGAAGCUAGUUGGGACAACACUCUUAUCAGUGACUAUAAAAGGAAAUUCUGAUUGCACCUCUAAUUUAGUACGACAUCGACUUGGUUCCUAUUACAUGGGAAAUAGUGAGGAUGGGAAAUCCUGUAAGCUUGAGAAGCCAUCCUCGCCUGCAGCGGACCAGAGCAAUCGCCAUGUCUAUCCAGAUUGGGCAGCCAUGCAGGCAUAUUAUGGUCCUCGAGUAGCUGUUCCUGCAUAUUUCAAUUCAGCAGUUGCACCUGGUCAUACCCCUCACCCUUAUAUGUGGGGGCCACAGCCUAUGGUACCACCUUAUGGUACCCCUUAUGCAGCAAUAUAUGCUCAUGGUGGGGUUUAUGCACAUCCUGGAGUUCCAAUUGGAUCUCAUCCUCCAGGUCAUGUGAUGGCGACAUCUCCUGUUGUCAGCCAAGCCAUGGAUGGUGCUUCUUUGAGUUUAGAUGCGUCUGCGAAGUCCUCGGGAAAUUCUGAUAGAGGAUUGAUGUCUAAACUGAAGGAAUUUGAGGGGCUGGCAAUGUCACUUGGAAAUGGCAGCACUGACAAUGUUGAGGGUGGAACAGACAAUGGACAUUCUCAAAGUUUUCGUGUUGUGACCAGUGGGGAAACUGAAGGUUCAACUGAUGGAAGUGACACAAACGGAGCUGGGGUCAGUGAGAGAACUAAGAAAAGGAGCUGUGAGACAACUCCUGAUAACUCUGGUGAUGAUAAGAGCCACUCACAAAGAUUUCAACCUACUGGGGAAGUAAAUGAUGAUGCUGAGAAGGCAAUCGUUGUUGCAGCGAAAAUGACGGGAACAGUACUUUCUCCUUGCAUGACAACUUUGGAAAUGAGAAAUCCUGCUAGUGCACAUAUGAAAUCUAGCCCAACUAAUGGUGGUUCACCACUCAGCCCUGCACUGCCUAAUGAAACCUGGUUACAGAAUGAGCGUGAGCUGAAGCGGGAGAAAAGGAAACAGUCUAAUCGGGAAUCUGCAAGGCGAUCAAGAUUGAGAAAACAGGCUGAAGCUGAAGAAUUGGCAAUACGAGUUCAGGCUUUAACAGGAGAGAACUUGACACUCAGAUCCGAGAUUAACAAAUUAAUGGAGAACUCGGAGAAACUGAAGCUAGACAAUGCCACUUUAAUGGAGAGACUGAAAAAUGAACAGCUUGGACAGACAGAAGAAGUAAGUUUAGGUAAGAUUGAUGAUAAGAGACUGCAACCUGUAGGCACAGUAAACCUGCUAGCACGAGUGAACAACUCAGGUUCCUCGGAUACAACGAACGAGGAUGGUGAAGUUUAUGAGAACAACAGCUCUGGAGCAAAGCUUCAUCAACUACUUGAUACCAGCCCCAGAACUGAUGCAGUAGCAGCUGGGUGAUCCCCUAAAUUUAAUUUGAGAUGUUAAAACUUAGUCUGAUUGUGUAAUUUUGGCGUAAUUUUAAGUCCAAAAUUGCUACUAACUACGGGAGAGGAACAGGUGAAUAGGAUUACGAGAUUUCUAAUUUUACCUACCUAAUUGUAGUUUACAGGUCAGUAGAACCGAUGUGUGCUCUUUUUUCUGUUUUGCAUUUCUGAGUUGAAUGAAUGUGGCUAUAAUAGCGUAUGUAAAGUUUAAUGUUCGACAUACUAAAGACUUGAUUUGAGGAAAUACUAUAGAACCGAAAUGUUUUCGGUUUGGACGAUGAAAGUGAACUUCAUAUUUGAUAAAUAAAUGUGGUAUGUUUAUGAUGUUA